AUGCCCCGGACACUGAGUGCCUCCGAAAUGGUGACACCUGGCAGCCCCGGCCCACCCCUCACCGAGCCCACGGAGGGCGAGCAGGCCGGGCAACCCCUCCUGGAUGGGGCUCCAUCCUCAGCCUCCCUGGACACCCUGAUCCAGCACCUGGUGCCCACGGCCGACUAUUACCCCGAGAAAGCCUACAUCUUCACCUCCCUGCUGAGCUCCCGCCUCUUCAUCAAGCCCCAGGAGCUCCUGGCCCGGGUCUGCCGUUUGUGCAUCGAGCAGCAGCAGCUGGACAAGCCAGUGCUAGACAAGGCCCAGGUCCGGAAGUUUGGCCCCAAACUGCUCCAGUUGUUGGCCGAGUGGACAGAGACCUUCCCGCAGGACUUCCAGGAAGAGUCGACAAUUGGGCACGUGAAGGACGUGGUGGGCCGCAUCGCCCCCUGUGACGAGGCAUACAGAAGGAGGAUGCACCAGCUCCUGCAGGCUCUGCACCAGAAGCUGGCAGCUCUGGGUCAGGGGCCAGAAAGCCUGCUGGGUGCCGACAAGCCCAUCUCCUACAGGACCAAGCCACCAGCCUCCAUCCACAGGGAGCUCCUUGGCGUCUGCAGCGACCCCUACACGCUGGCUCAGCAGCUGACCCACGUGGAGCUGGAACGCCUGAGACACAUCGGGCCAGAGGAGUUUGUCCAGGCUUUUGUGAACAAGGACCCUCUGGCCAGCACAAAGCCCUGUUUCAGUGACAAGACGAAGAACCUGGAAGCUUACGUGAAGUGGUUCAACAGAUUAUGCUACCUCGUAGCGACUGAGAUCUGCAUGCCGGCCAAGAAGAAGCGGAGGGCCCAGGUGAUCGAGUUCUUCGUCGACGUGGCCCGCGAGUGCUUCAACAUCGGCAACUUCAACUCCCUCAUGGCCAUUGUCUCUGGCAUGAACAUGAGCCCUGUCUCUAGGCUGAAGAAGACCUGGGCCAAAGUGAAGACAGCUAAGUUUUUCAUUCUCGAGCACCAGAUGGACCCAACAGGGAAUUUCUGCAACUACAGGACAGCCCUACGUGGCGCAGCCCACCGCUCCCUGACGGCCCACAGCAGCCGGGAAAAGAUCGUCAUUCCCUUCUUCAGCUUGCUCAUCAAAGACAUCUACUUCCUGAACGAGGGCUGUGCCAACCGCCUCCCCAAUGGACACAUCAACUUUGAGAAAUUUCUGGAGCUGGCCAAGCAGGUUGGAGAGUUUAUCACAUGGAAACAAGUGGAAUGUCCCUUCGAGCAAGACCCCAGCAUCACCCACUACCUGUACACGGCUCCCAUCUUCAGUGAGGACGGUCUUUAUUUGGCUUCAUAUGAAAGUGAGAGCCCAGAGAACCACUCAGAAAAAGAGAGGUGGAAAACUCUAAGGUCCUCUAUUUUGGGGAAGACGUGA